AUGGCGAGAGGUCUAGCAAUUUUAGUGUCCACGGUGACAGUAAUCCACCUGGUCAGAGCUGCGUCUAACAGCUCUAUCAACCAGUUUCCCGAUGGCUUCCUGUUGGGAGCUGCUACCGCCGCCUAUCAAAUUGAGGGCGCCUGGAACGAGGAUGGUAAAGGCGAAAACAUUUGGGACCACAUGUUCCACGAGCAUCCGGAGUACACGAACAACGGUGCUAAUGGUGACGUAGCUUGUGACUCGUACCACAAGUAUGCAGAAGACGUCGAGGCUCUUAAAAGUAUCGGGGCGGGAGUGUAUCGCUUCUCCAUCGCGUGGUCGAGGAUUUUACCAACAGGAGACCUGGACGUAAUCAACCAAGCCGGCAUCGAUUAUUAUAACAACCUCAUCAAUCUGCUCCUCGAGAACGGCAUCGAACCAAUGGUGACGAUGUACCACUGGGACCUACCGCAAGCUUUGCAGUAUAUCGGCGGCUGGCCAAACCCACUGAUUGCAGACUACUUCGUCGAAUACGCCAGGAUACUUUUCGAGAAUUUUGGUGACAGGGUGAAGUGGUGGAUCACGUUCAACGAGCCAUCAGUGUUCACGAGCGGCUACUCGAGCGUGGGCUAUCAGGCGCCCUCUCAGUACGCCCCAGGCAUCGGCAACUACCUUGCAGCACACACUCUCAUCCGCGCCCACGGGAAAGUCUACCGCCUGUACGACCAGGAGUUCCGCGCCACGCAGAAUGGCAGAGUGGGCAUUACCCUCAGUACCGACUGGUACGAGCCGGCGGAAGACACGGAAGCUUGUGUGGACGCGCAGAGGAGAAUGUUCGAAUUCCAGUUGGGGCUGUACGCACACCCUAUCUUCGUGGACGGCGACUAUCCGGCUGUGGUGCGGGAGCGUGUGGACAACAACAGCAGAGCCGAGGGGCGACCCAGGUCACGCCUGCCCAGCUUCACAGAGGAGGAGAAGCAGGAAAUCAGAGGUUCGUCGGACUUCUUUGGACUGAACGUGUACACGACAUCCCUUGUCAUGCCUGGAGAAUCGGGUACCUCACCUUCGUUGGAACUCGACAGUGGAGUCAUCAGGUUCUACAAUGAGUCGUGGCCAGUGAGCGCUGCAAUUUGGCUCAGGGUGGUACCAUGGGGAUUUCGGAAGUUGCUGAACUGGGUGGCCACAGAGUACGAGGGAUACCCCAUCAUUGUAACGGAGAAUGGUUACGCCGACACCGGAGAACUCGAUGACCAAGGGCGCAUCAGCUACUAUGGAAGUUACCUGGCUGAAAUGCUUAAAGCUAUCAACGAAGAUGGAGUGAAUGUCUUUGGUUACAUGGCGUGGAGCAUCAUCGACAACAUAGAAUGGGCUUCUGGAUAUGCGGUGAGGUUUGGCCUCUACCAGGUGGACUUCAACAGCACAGACCGGACGAGGACCCCCAAGGCGUCGGCGAGUUUUAUGGGAGACAUUUACAGAAACAGGACUGUCCCUGAGGAGUACUUCCAGUAGCCGUUGAUGUUUUACGAUGAGCUCUGUAUUGUGUCACCUGUCAUCUGCAUAAUAAGUAUUCGAAGAAACUACUGAUAUAAUCUGAUUUUCUUUCUUGACAUAAAUUCACUUUAUUUGUAUACAAUCCUAGCUAACAGAACCAUCAGCAUA